AUGUCGCACGGGCGCUCGGAAUCGCCGAUUUCGAUCAAUGCCACCUCGAUCGGACAACUAUUGCGCGCGCAGUUCGCCAUCAACGCCACCAAUCACACCAAUGAUGAGAAGCCGAAAACGGUGGGAUUCAAUGAAGCCGAAAACAUGCGACUCUAUGAGCUCUAUUCAGCGAAACGGGAUGAAUAUCACUCGACGAGGCCUUCGGGACAACGGAAUGAAGAAGUUCCAAUGGAUACACUCGCGCGCGAAUGGGCCGCCGAAAUCACAGCGAUGGGAUUCGCCGAGCGCACGCCGGCGCAGAUCAAACAACGAAUACGGGACAUGCGGAAAUUCUCGCGGAAACACGCGCACAAAUUGGGGCUUGAAGCGCAAGCAGCGGCCAACGCUUGCUCGCCGCUCAACGAGUACAGCUGGGCCGAGACGAAACGACGCUCGCGGGGUCCGGUGCCCGACUGGAUGACGGGUUUGGCGCAGAUCAUGAUGCAGGAGCAGGAGAAGAACGUCGAAGAGAACGACAGCGCGUCGGACGCGAUGGAAGCGGCGUUCGGCUCGAAGGCGAAAAGGUGCGAGACCCGAAAUUUAAAACAACUACCGUAUCUGUUUGCUCGUUUAAAGGAAAUGAAAAUCGAGAAGGCGUCGCGCGACAGUCGCGAAAUGUCGCCGGAGACGGCGCUGCUCGACAAAAAACUCCAAUUGGCCGACGCGAAAAUCGAGUCCGAGCGCCUUCGACAAAAAGCGCUUCGUCUCGAGAUCGCGUAUUAUCAGCGACAAGUUCAACUCUAUGACGAGCAAAUUAUCAACGCCGCCGAAAUGGUGAACAAUAGCACGACGGAAUUGCUCGGCUUCAAACUCAACGGAAACGGCCCCCCGGUGAAAAGCGAAACGAUGGAUUCCUAA